AUGCCGCCUAUUGUCCCAGCUACCGACGGCAUCGACCCCAAUGCCCUCCGCGUCCUCAUAACGGGUUUCGGCCCCUUUGGCAAGUACGUCGAGAACCCUUCAUGGCUCGCCGUCAAGCCCUUGCACAACACCAUCCUCUACAAAGACCCUCCCGCCGAGCUGCUCGUACCCAGUGAUCAGGCCGCGAUCAUCACCGACGAAAUGGAGGAGUUCCUCCGCCGCCCCCAGCAGAUCCACAUCACCGUCCUAGAAAUCCCCGUAUCCUAUCAGGCCGUCCUCAACACCGUUCCCGGCCUCCACGCCCGACCCCCCGUCAUCCCUCGUCCAACCGACCCCAAUUUCGCCCUCCCCAUGCCCCCCGCAAACGGAUACGACUUCAUUUUCCACGUCGGAGUCGCCGGGCGUGGGCCGCUCCGCAUCGAGCGCAUAGGACACAAGAACGGGUACCGCAUGAAGGACGCGGACGGCGAGUACGCGCCCAUCGUGGUGGACAUCCCCCCAGCCCCGAACCGUGGGUUCGGCAAGGGCUACGAGACGUUCCCGGACGAGCUCCAGACGGACGUCGACGUCCCGAAGCUGAUCGUACACCUAAAAGAGAGCGGCAUUGACCAGGUGUAUUCGUCCAUGGACGCGGGCCACUUCCUUUGCGACUUCAUGUUCUACUGCUCGCUCGCGGAGGCGAGGCGGCACAUCACCCCGCAGGAGAAGUUCAAGGAGCGGAACAGCCCGACGAAGUGCACGCCCGUGCUCUUCAUGCACUGUCCACCCGUCGACCAGCCGCUGAGCACAGAGCAAGUGACUGACGCGAUCCAGCGCAUCGUCCUUUGGGUCUGUGGGCGCUUCCACCAGUCGUAA